AACCUACCUUUUGUCUACCAACCUAAUGUUACAGUUUACGCUGUGCGUACUUGGCAUCUAUGCCUGUUUCUUAACUUGGGGCGUGGUUCAGGAAAGAGUCAGCACAACACCAUAUGGCUCAGCUGAGGCACCUAACAAGUUCAAAUACUUUGUGUUCCUCAAUCUCGUUCAGUCGAUUACAGCAGCUAUUGUUGCAUUCGGCUACCUCAAGAUUUCUGGAAAGCAGACCAACCUCAGAACCUCACCGAACAGUUUAUUAUUCAAGUAUGUACAAGUUGGUUUUCUCAGCUGUAUAGGAUCUCCAUUUGGCUAUGCUGCUUUAAAACACAUUGACUACCCAACCAUGAUCUUGGGCAAAUCUUGUAAAUUGGUCCCGGUCAUGUUGAUGAACGUUGUCCUCUACCGUCGAAAGUUCCCGCUACACAAGUAUGUAUGCGUUGGUAUGAUUACAGCCGGUGUAUCUAUGUUCAUGCUCUACCACCCUGUUGCCGAAAACAAAAAGGGAGCGGCUGCCAAUUCGUUAUGGGGACUGUUCCUAUUGACAAUGAACCUGGUUGUUGAUGGCGUUAUCAAUGCCACUCAAGAUCAAGUUUUCCACUCUUACAAAGGAUUGGCGACUGGACAGCACAUGAUGUUCUACAUGAACGCUAUCGCUUCCUUGAUAUCAGGAUGUUAUCUGAUGCUUAAUCCUUACAACGAUGAGUUCUGGCGGGCCCUGGAUUUCUGUACCACACAUCCUGCUGUUAUUCGUGAUAUUGCACUAUUUGGUCUAUGCGGAGCUAUUGGCCAGUGCUUCAUUUUCUAUUCUUUAGAAAGGUAUGGCAGUCUCCGCCUCGUUACUGUCACAGUUACACGAAAGCUCUUCACGAUGCUUUUAAGUGUGAUUUGGUUCAAGCAUGAACUUACUGCUGGUCAAUGGGCAGGUGUUGCCUUGGUAUUCAUUUCAAUUGGUCUUGAGGCUUACAUCAAGAAGAACAGCAACAGUGCCAAACCUACUGCUAACCAACCUCACAAAUUAAAACCGUCCAACAACACCAUAGCUCACAACGGCCUCAGUGCUCUAAAUUCACAGACGCUUCGAGGCGGCCAUUACAAUUAUCCUAUAUCCUCAGUGGACAAGUCAGCAUAAAGCUGAAUGGAUUCACUUCCAAUCAUAGAACAAUUUGAUACCUCCUACAUUUCAAAAUCCCUUUUCAAUCAAAUCAAAUAAAUUUUUUUGUCGGUCGUGUGGAUGAUAUGAACAACUCUAAGCAAUUUAAAAUAAUGUACAGAUAGCAGUACAGAUGAUAUAAGUUCCUAAUGAAUAAGUACGUUCACCAAUGUCAAAAGAUCUGUGAUACGCUCCAAUACAAUUUUUUUUUUUUAAUUU